AUGCCGGACGAGCGUAAAAAGACUGGAAAGCACUCCAAAUCGAAGGUGAAGGAGUUCCGCGGGAAAGGCACCGUUGAGGGGAAAGUCCCCAUCCCUCUGGAGGAGGAGAUCACUAUUCAGGGUGCGCGUGAGGUGCUAGAGAAGAGGCAUAAGAAGAACAUUGGCAGGUCCUAUGACUGCAAAGUCAUCGGCACCGACACCCACCUCAUCAUCAAACGCAAAUCUGUUGUGGGUUCUGCACCUCGCGAGCUCUCCUUCGCAUGCACCGAUAUCCUCCGUUUCUUCAUCUUCGCCAGAGAUCCACGACUGGUUAUUUUGGUGGUUCCGGAGAAGCCAGAGGGUCGAAGGGCCUACCUCCUGUUGAAGAUGCACGAUGAUAAACAGGCAAAUCAGGUGUGUAAUGUCAUCCAAGAGGGAAGGAAGCGACUCAAUCAAGCAGCAGCGCAGCCCGCCCAAGAAGCACCUCCCACGCCCAGUCAGCCGGAGAAUUCUUUAGUGGCGGCUGCCUACAAGGACACCUCAGCCCUGAAUCUGGAAAUGCAGGAGAAACCGACGAUGGAGGAGGAGGAGGAUGCUCGUUCAACCACCUCCAGCGAGCACAGCAGCGAGGACGAAAUUCGACAGACAGCCCGCAGUGAACCGGCGCUCGCUAGAACUCCGCUUCCCUCCAAGGAGGACAUCAGGAAAGAGGUGGAGGAGGAGGCGGAGGAGAAGAAGGGUGACAAGCCGGGCAAGAGAGCGAUGUCAAAUGAAGGACUCUUUGCCAUCUCGGAAGUACCAAGGUCUGGUAGCCAGAACCCAGACAAGGACGACUGGACCUUCACGCCCGUUCCUGCUGCUCCCACGCCAGUGCGUGUAGAGGAGCAGCCGAAAUCCCCGACAAUCACUGCAGUACAAGUGUCAGAACAACAAGCUAGCGCGGCCUUCGCAAAUCAGAGCCCCCCACCACUAGAAUCACCCGCUACACCUCAACCGAAGGAAAGUUUCCAACCUCUUCCUCGAACCCUGGCCCAGAGUCCUGUACCAUUUACACAGAUGGACGACUAUGACCAACAAACUCCCCUGAAAAUAAUGACACCCACAUCGGCAGUCGAAAACAUCAAAAAAGCGGAACGUAAGGAGAAACCACAGUCCCACCUACACUCGCCGAGGGGUCUGCCUAGACAAUCCCUGGACAAUCGGAGGCGAAUGGAGGCCCCAGUCACAGAGGAGAUGUGGUACAAUUACAAGGGCACACCGAAGGAGCCCUGUAUGCCACAAGUUCGAAACCUGGAGGAGUUGAAAAGAGAGCUGUUGCGAGACCUGUACGAUGAGGACUGGUCUGUCGAUGUAAAGAUUGUGGAGACUGUGGGUAACUAUGGAAGCCGGAUCUCUGACCAGGGCAACGUAUUCAUGUUCGCUGCCCACCAUUUGGUCCCAGAGGAUUACGGUCACUGGGAUUGUCAGUCCAGUAACGCGGAAGAUGAGUCCUCAUCAUCUGAAUCGUCUUCAUCCUCCUCUUCCUCCUCAUCCCCCAGAAGACACCGACAUGGACGUAAAACAAAUGGAAGGGCUGGCAUACAGUACUCCAGCAGUACCAACAGUUCCGAUGAGGAGACCUACAGAGCUCAGAAAAUAAAUGUUGCCCCACGCCAUCUUCUCUCCACCUAG